GGAUCAUGGCUCCCAACAUAUCCUAAAACCCUAAUCCUCGAAGGAGACUCGGAGAUCUGGCGCGGCAGCAUCGGAUCGGAGGCGUCUCUCUGCUACGCUCCCUCCUCGGUCUCGCGGGAUUCUUCGCUUCUCGGUUUGGGCUUUGCCACGAUAGAGGGCUGCAGUUGGUUUUGGUGUGUAUUUUGUAGAGAUGGAGGUUCUCUGUCGAACCCAGAGCAGCAGAGCUGAUUUAUGCUCCGUAGUGCUGUUGUUCGUCGCCGAGGCUGCUUUGGUCGCGGAAAAGACUCUCCUUUCGCUUCUACUGGCGAUUGGCUCUGUAUCAAGUCAAACUGGUCAGCUUGUUGAAGGUCCUGAUGCAAUUCACAGGCUACAUGAAAAGAGCAAGUAUGAAUCUGUGCCAAAGAACAAAGAUGAUGGAGAAUCUGAUGAGGAUGAUGAUGAGGAUGACGAUGACCAAGAUGGUGAAGAUCAGGAGGACGAUGGAGGUGAAGGUGAUCCUUCUGGGGAUGAAAAUGACAACGAAGGAGACGAAAAAGAUGACCCAGAAGCCAAUGGCGAAGGUGGAAGCGAAGAGGACGAUGAUGAUAAUGACGACGAUGAUGAUGACGAUGACGAGGAACAGGAAGAGGACGAUGAGGAUGACGAAGACGAUGAAGAGGACGAGGAGCUUCCACAGCCACCGGCAAAGAAGAGAAAGUGAAGCUGUGUGUCGAUCUCAAGAUUCUAAUUUAGCUAGUGUUUGAUUAGGACCAACUUGCCUUUGCUACUUUUGCUAUGCUUUAAUCUGAAAUCAGUAGUUUGUUAAGAAAGAUCAAAUGAUUAGUGAUAAUCUAUUUAUUUACUCUUUAGUUUA